CAAGGGUACAAGAAUACAAAUUUUUAUAGAUGUGGUUAAAGCUAUAGUUUUGCCAGUAAAAAACAAUGUCCGUCACCAAAAAUGCCAUCUGUAUGCCUACUUUGAAAUCUAAAUACAAGCUUCCAUUCUCGGUGCCGCCUAAUCCCCAAAACCCUCCAUUUUCAGUGAAAAGUAACGAAACAGCUGCUCCCCAAAAAAAAAAUUAAAUAAAUAAAAUCGGAAAAAAAAUCCGCUGAUUACGGAUCCAAGUUUCCACAAGGAUAAUGGGCGAAGACCAUGAACCCAAUCUCGAAGACGAAUCUCGGCCAUCGAAAGUUGCCCGCGUCAGCUCACCAGACGAAUCAUCAGAUGCAGGGAAAGUGACGACGGCGGUGGCGUCUCCUCUAGGAUUAGGGCUAGGGCUUGGAAUUGGAGGAGGAGGAGACUCGGAAUCGAGUAAAGGUGGGGGUUUUACUUUUAUGCAGAUGCAGGAGUUUCACCAUCAAGCGCUGAUUUAGCACAUGGUCGCCGGAAUCCCAGUUCCAGUUCACCUCAUUCUCCCAAUUUGGAAGAGCGUCGCCGCCUCGUAUGGGCCCACCACUACCCCUCUUGUGAUUGUGGGACUCGGGAAUUUGUGCUACGAUUUCAGGAACAGCAUGGAGCCAGAACCAGGGAGGUGCAGGAGAACUGACGGGAAGAAGUGGCGAUGCUCACGCGAAGUGGUUCCAGACCAGAAAUACUGUGACCGUCACAUGCAUCGUGGCCGCAAUCGUUCAAGAAAGCCUGUGGAAGGAGUCGGAGUUACUACUACUGCUCCUGCCACUGCUACAUCGGAGCUCUCCAUUACUGUACCUGGCGACGAUGGACCCACAAAGACCGAUGUAAACCACCCGAGUUCUAGUAAUAAUGUCGGUGUCAUUAGUAGCGAUGCUUUAGGUGUAGAAGCUGGAGGUGGUAGAAUUGGGUUGUCGCCAGUUAGUGUAUUGAGUGGCGGGGCUGCUUGUAAAACUGGCGCUUCUUAGGAUUAUAGUUUACUUGUUCUUUCUGAGUGAUGUAUUUCGUUGUAAUUUAGCUUGAGGAGUAGAGAGAAGGCAGUGACAUCGUGUUCUGUUGGUGUUGAUUUUGGUUUUGGAUGGAGAACGAAAAAAAAAAAAAAAAUCCCUAUCCUGUUCCCUGCUCCAUAUUAUCCUCUGGUUUAUUGAAUAUUAGUUCUCCUGUUAUUAAGCGAGCCGGAUGAUCGCUAGGUAGUAUAUGUAAACUUUUGUUUUGUUUA